AUGAGUGCCACUCCUUUAGCGACGCCGAACGUGUAUCGCGAGAUAUUUUUUGCCGGCUUCCCGCAGCAGGCCGCAUACCACGCGGCGUACGUGAAGGGAUUUUUUGCCCACUACGGCGAGGUGCAAGAUUUAGUGUUUGAUGCCAACCGCGGCAUGGGCAGUGUGACAUUUUCCAAUGGAGAGGUGGCGGUGGCCUGCUACCUCGCGGUGAACCUCACUCUUCUGCCACCCCCAGCCGAGCGUGGCGCCAGUAACGUGCAUGGGGAAGACAAUAACUGCCUCAUUGUCAUGGAGUUUGCACAGUGCGCACCGUGCGUCAACCCGUGCCUGCUGCUGAACGGGGAGCUGAGCCGUCACCUUAUGCGCCACAGGGCACAGGCCCCAGUGGCGAACCACGUUGUGAUGACGUGGCACGAGACGACUGAAGCCUCCACGAGGACAACUGCGAAACGGCGACUCGUACGAGAGGGGCCCCACUUCCCCGUGACGGAUGCUGCUACUGCGACGGCUGGUAACGUCACGAGGGCGAUGAAUAACAUUCACGAAGCGGUGUGGUCGCUCCUCCGGCCUGAAAAACGGCUCACCGCGGACGGUGCUGCCGUUACUGUUUUGGACCUCUGGUGGGGCUACUACCAACGCUACAUGUUGCACAAGACGGAGCCAGCGCAGCAUCGCAUUAAAGACCCCUACUUUGCCUUUGCACACAAGGCGACGGUGGCACAGGAGGUCCAGCGGGCGCUUAAGCUGAGCCAAACCGGGGGCUCUGGUGAUGCGCAGGAAGCCAUGAGGGUAGUUAAUCGUCUCACGUGCGACGACGUUUACCACAGUGUCUGCAACUACCUCUGCAUGAAGCUGCGCUUUCGCAACGAUCCAAGUUGGGCGAGUUUGGCUCGUGACGUGGCCGCGGCUGGCGGUGCCGUCGCAAAGGGCAACUACAAGGGGGAUGCGGAACCCAACAGCGGUGGUACGAAGGAAGAAGACGGUGAUGUUGCGGAUGCGGAUGAAGAGGUGGAGACAGCAGAGGCAGUCAAGGCGCUAUUACGGCUCCCCAUCUUGCAGACUGCGGCGAAUCUGAUUGACAACGUUCGAUUUCUCCACAAGGUGCGCUGUGGGGAAAUCACGGUGGGCAACAAGCCAGGUAGGCCGAGGGAGGGGGCGGAUGACGACACUUGGAUGGGCUACCCGGCCAGUGCCCGCCAGGAGGAAAGGAGUUUUUGCAUGGAGGUGUUGACCGCCCUGGACGGCUUCUCCCCCACCGGGACGGCCGUCUCCCUGAUGGCCAUAUGUGAGGACCCCCACACCUUCCAGUGCGUGGAGGGGCAUAUUGGGUGGUGUGAAUUGCAUGGAAAGAAGCGAUCCACCUGGUGGGUAACUUGCCAGGCGAUGCUGGUGGUGGUGCUGAUAUUUUUGGUGGUGGGCUGCGUCAUAUACGUUACCACGACAUGGUUGGGUGUCACCGGAGUGGUUGGCAACACCACCCGCGCAGUGCCCUCACGUUUUGGCAUGCACAGCCCUACUGAGGCGAAUGUGAACAUUCGUUUUGCCGAGCUGUGA